ACAACCGGGUAAUUAGAGCUCGCUGGCUGCCAAAGGGCUGUCCGCUGUGCUGUAGCUCAUCCCCGUUCCUGGAGCCGAGACCUCUCCUCCCUGGAGCGGAGGCUGCAGCGGCUGGAGACGCAACGCCUGCCCUCGGACACUUCUUCUUGCAGCCGGAGAUGAUGGUGUUGGACAAGGAAGACGGUGUGCCCAUGCUAUCCGUCCACCCCAAGGGGAAACAGAAAGGCUGUGCUGGCUGUAACCGGAAGAUCAAGGACCGAUAUCUCCUGAAGGCCCUGGACAAGUAUUGGCAUGAGGACUGUCUGAAGUGUGCCUGCUGCGAUUGCCGGCUGGGAGAGGUGGGCUCCACGCUCUACACCAAGGCCAACCUCAUUCUGUGCCGCCGGGACUACCUGAGAUUUUGCGUGGGAGACAAAUUUUUCCUGAAAAACAACAUGAUCUUAUGUCAGAUGGACUAUGAGGAGGGGCAGCUGAAUGGAAGUUUUGAAUCACAGGUUCAGUAGCAUCACCCCUGCCCUGGUCUGGGGGCUCUGGGGCCAGCCCUGCCAGCAGCUCACCAGCCCACUCCAGCUGCAGCAAGGGAGCCCGCCAUUGGCCUGGCUUGGCCUGCCCACGAUCUUUUUAAAAUUCUUCAUCCACAGAGGGGACCCCCCCUUCCUUGGUCCCACGCCAUCCCCGCCCGGCACCAAGCAGUUACAGGUGUAGAUGUGCGGUUGUGCCCCUGUUCCUGAGCACUGCCUCGCCUUUCCCCACCUCACCUAACUAGUCUGUGCGUGAGUCUGGGGGCCAGGCAGGGCCUGUACAGCCUGUCUUCUGUAUAUAAACUGGAACAUUUAUUUUAUGAGAAAUGUAAUGCAAUUUUAUUACUGGUGUGAAUUAAAAAAGUAUGAAUGUUUCCUGGGGA